CGGGGCCGGCCUGGGCCAUCCCCACAGCUCGCAGGGCUGCCACAGUCCACCCCCAGUCUCGGCGCUUCUCCUGGUCACGUGAUGUGGUGGGGACGACGCCCGGCACGGGUGACGUCACGCCGGUCCCGUGCGGAUGUGACGUUUCCGGCCGCCCGCCCGCGCGCCCCACUUCCGCGGCGGAAGAAGCGGGUGCGCAGCAUGGAGACGCCGCCGGGUCCGCGCGAGGAGGUGGUGUCGAAGCGGAUCGACCCCGCGCGGGACCCGGACCUCAGCGUCGAGCAGCGCCGCAUCAUCCAAAGCCUGGAGUACGCGCAGCAGCAGCGCGCCAUGCAGCGCCGGCUCCGCGGCCGCAACGCGCUGCUGGCGCUCGGCAUCGGCUCCAUCACGCUUGGCAUCUACGCCUACACCUUCUACUCGGUGUCCCAGGAGCGGUUCCUCGACGACCUGGAGGAGGAGGCGGUGGCGGCCCGCGCCCGGGCGGCCAAGAGCGCGACCAGCUGACCCGGCUCGUGACGGCCCGUGCGCCGCCCCCCCCCCCGCGGCGCACUGACCCGGAGCGAGCGGCCCGUCCCCCCAGGCCACUUGGGCAGCAGGCAGGGAUUUCCCUUAUGGCCAUUCACCUGCGGUGGUACCUGGGGGGUAUUUGUGGGGACAGUUUCAGCAACCUACUUCCCUAAGAGGUUUAUGUUGUUAGAGGGAAAAUUCACAGGUCAGUCAUUCAUUUUUAUCAUCUCACUGAAUCCAACAUGCGCACCAAAGGCUGGCUGGACGUGUGGAUACUAGUUAGUGGCACAGAGCUGUCCUUGUCCUACUCCUUCUCUCUCCUCCAGCCCAUGCACAAACCAGGCAACAGAAGCUGACAUUUGUCUUUCAUCCAUCUUUGGCAGGAAAGGGGGAGAACAGGAAUGUAUUUUUCCAGAAGGAAGGACAGUUUGCUUUCGGAUGCCCCUGUGGCCACUCUUGCUCUGCUGCUGGAGUUGUGCGGUCUUUGAGCAAUAAAAGACUGCUGCCCCUUU